AUGCUUUCGCCCUUUCUUCUUCUCCUACCUGCUUUAUGCUCAGCCGCGGUAUAUGACAAGGUCACAGACCUUCCCACUCUAGACUUCGACUAUAUCAUCGUUGGAGGCGGCACUGCAGGAAAUGUCCUCGCCAACCGUUUGACCGAAGAACCGGAUACAUCCGUGCUAGUCCUCGAAGCAGGGCAGUCGACUGCGGACAUCCUGGUUACGCAAGUGCCAUUCUUUUGCACGCUCACGCUCAAUACGCCUUUGGACUGGAACUUCACCACGACGUCCCAGCCUGGCCUGAAUGGACGGGCUCUUCCGUUCCCAAGGGGUUUUGGUUUGGGCGGGACUAGCGCAAUCAAUUUUAUGGCAUACACUCGCGGUUCGUCUGAGGACUACGAUCGAUAUGCAAGCAUCAGCGGUGAUCUCGGGUGGGGAUGGGACGAAAUGCAACAGUAUAUUCGGAAGAACGAGCGCUUUGUAGCGCCUGCGGAUCAUCACAAUAUCACUGGUGAAUAUAAUCCAGCAGUACACAGUUUCAAUGGUAUAAACUCGGUCACACUCCCUGGAUAUCCCCGAGCUAUCGAUGGCCGGGUUAUCCAAACCACUAAGGAGUUUCCAGACGAGUUCCCGUUCAACCUGGAUUUCAAUUCAGGGUAUCAUUUAGGCAUCGGAUGGGAACAAACGACUGUAGGGAACGGGACAAGGAGCAGCUCGGAGACAUCGUAUCUUGGUCCUGAAUAUAUUGGGCGCGAGAACUUGCAUGUACUCGUGAAUUCUUAUGUCACGCGGAUUCUUCAAGUGAAUAGCUCAGAUUCGAACGAUCACCCGCGCUUUGGUACAGUCGAGUUCACCCAGGACGCGGGAGAAACCAUUCACGUCCUUUCGCCUCCCAGCCUCAGGGAAAUAAUACUUUCAGCUGGUACCAUAGGGACGCCCCAUAUCCUACUCAACUCUGGCGUUGGCGAUGACGCCGAGCUCGCCGCAAUGGGCAUAAACUCGACGGUUCAUCUACCCGAUGUCGGGAAAAAUUUAACGGACCACCCGAGUUUGAGUCUUUUCUGGACUGUCAAUGCCACCAACACAACAGAGGACGUGUAUUGGAGGAACGAGACGUUCCAAGCGGAAGCUCUUGGGGAGUGGCAAGCCAAUCGGACCGGGUAUAUUGCGAACAUCGCGUUGAACCAUCUAGGAUACCUUCGUCUUGGGGAACGUGUUUUAAAAGACGAGCCUUGUGCUGGUAACCAGACAGCACAUUACGAGUUGAUCUUCUCCGGAGGUAUUUUCGGAGAGGCCAUUCCAGCAACUGGCAGCUAUCUUACCAUAGCUGUUGUUGCGUUAUGCCCACUUUCACGCGGAAAUAUUACCAUCAGCGGUACCAAUCCCCUCGACUCGCCUCUCAUCAACCCCAACUAUCUUUCGCACCCUCAGGAUAUGGAGAUACUGCAACAUGCCGUAGAGCGUGCGCAGAGAUUCGUCGCAGCACCGGUAUGGGAGGACUACAUCAUUGCGCUCACCACCAAUAUCACGGAUUUGGAGGGGACUAUUAGAGAUAUAGCCGUACCGACGGAUCAUCCUGUUGGCACGGCGAGUAUGUCCCCAGUCGGGGCAGAUUGGGGAGUUGUGGACCCAGAUUUGAGACUCAAGCGGGCUGUAGGGGUGAGGAUCGUGGAUGCAUCUGUCUUGCCUUUUAUUCCUGCUGCACAUACCCAAGCGGCAGUCUAUGCUUUUGCGGAGAGGGCGGCUGACUUGAUAAAAGAGGCCGAACAAUGA